AGCCAUUUGGGCUCAGGUGGCUCACAGGGCGUUGCACGGAAACUUGCCGCCCGCCCGCCCCCUCGUGCAUGUAUUCCAUAUUGGCAAGGGCAGCAGUCAUCUGUUUUCUUGUUCAUUCGAGGUGGUGCGCUGAGCAGCCAGAGAUGUCCAAGAGCAGCCACGAACGCAGCGCCGUGCCGGCUGGAGAAGCGAGGUGGUCUACCACACAACUUCGUGCAGCAGGUGUCUUACUCCCCAAAAAGGUCCAAAGACAUCACGUCGCGGGUUGAAUGUCCGCAUGAAUGUGCUAGGGCGUUUGCCCUGAGAGACCAAGUCCUUGCGGCGCUCGUGCGAGGCGACCAUCUUCGGAUGUUCCCAUUGCUGAAGUCUUCGGGCCAACUGAAGGUGACGAGGCAGAUUCUGGCAGUAACGGGAAUUGGCCACCUUGUGGCGGAUGCGUCCCUUUGGAGACGGUCGCCGCACCCCCGCGCAGUAAUAUUUGCCAGGGUGUUGAAGCAGAAAUGGCUCUUGGACGUCAGAGGGACUGACACGCUGGACAUAAUGCGUGCGGAUUUGCUGGGCGAGUUGAAAGGGUUCAAGAACGAAUCUUUCCUCUGCGCGGUGAACGUAUGGUCAGAUGUGCUAGAAGAGAUGGACUCGCCGCCGCUGCCGCGUCAUGUACGCCAGCGUCUAGGGCUCAUACUCACAUUGCGCGGUUUCAACCACAUCAGUCAUCUGGGUGGUUUGACGGCCGCCGAGCUCAAAGGAGUCACGGACUCGCCGGUGCUUCAGGCUGCGUUGGAACGCUUGCUGGCACGUGCGUCACUGGUGCAGCCGACGGCGCAGCUGAGCCACGCAGGAGCGCAGGCCCGGCCAGCGACGUCAUCUGCUGAGAGUUUCGUUGACUCCAUAUCACCGCAGGUAGUGCAGGAACUUGAAAGCCAUGUUCUAUCAGAGCUGAAGGGCAUGGGCAUCGCGGACCUGGACCAGGGAGCGAGACCCAUGGAGGUCAUCAAUAAGUCGAAGGACCAGGCGCGCGAGUUUCUGGCAAUUUUCCGGUCGGGGAAAACAGCCAGCAACUACGUCGGGCACGUGAGGUGGACCUGCGUCCACUUGGGCCUGGACGUUUCAUGGCAUGGCGAGGAGGUGAUGCAGACCCUGGCAGGAGUAAAUAAGAGAGCUAUGCGGUUCACAAGUGGACCAGCCAGAGUCUCGCAAUUGCCCACACCGCCAAUCCUGAUCAAAGUAGUGCAGCUUGCUGACGCAGCGAACGUGCAAGAUGGCUUCCAGGAGCUAGUGAUAAUCAGCUGGGCGUUUCUCUUGAGAGUUCACGCUUUGCGGCGAUUUCUCACCCUGGCAUUGGUACCAGGAGCGGCAGCGUUCUCCCUGAAGUCGUUCCGGGCAGGGAGAGCGACUGAAUUGGCAAGUCAGGGCGAGUCCCUAGGUGCCAUAUUGGCAGCAGGCGAGUGGAAAUCAUCGCAGUUUCUCAGAUAUGUUGACAUCGACGUAGUCGAGCAACAGGUCUUGUUCGAUAGAGCCGUGAAUUCUGACAGCGACACGGAGGCUGGUGAUGCUGCAGUCGCGGAUGCAGUAGUUCGAAUUUUCUCCUGAGCGGGCAGCUGAGCGGGGGGGGGGGGCAAGCGACCCCCCCUCAUCGCAGCUGUGCGGAAUUGCCCAACGAGAGUCCGCGGAGAGCGGGAGAAAAGAGGCUUGUAGUUGAGGGUAAGAGUGAGGGGCGCGUGUUUCUGUGUGACAGAGUAAGACCGUUCAGGCACCUAAGCAAUCGUCUCGCGCGUGCUGCUGG